AUGCGAGAAGACAACGCUUUGAGUAAUGUGAAUGAAAUCAAAGGCUGGAUCCUAGGAAUGCUGUGCAAAAUCCAGCUGCAAAAAAGAUGCCCAGCUCUUCCAGUGCCUGAGUUUGCUGAUGUUACUGCUGAAGCAUAUCAACUGGAGACCAGACUGUAUUAUGACUGUGAUGCUGGCUACAGGAGAAACAAAGGCCAGAGCUCAUUAAUUCAGUGUCAGAGUGUAAAGCAGGGUGCUUCUUGGAACUACAAGGAGUUUGAAUGCAUUGCAAAUCUAACUUUUCCCACAGAUGAGAAGACUUUCUUAUCAACAGCUCCCACCACAAAGUUAGAUUUUACUCAGAAGCUGGAGGGAAAAACACCCCAGAAGCAAGAAAACAUUUCAGAGUUUGACCAGAAAGAUUUGUGUGGUCCUCCCAGGACUAUUCCACAUGCCUCUUUAAGCCCAAAAAGGAAGUAUUAUGUGGGGCAAGUGCUGCAUUUCAAGUGCCAGAGCGGUUACGACAAGCGACCUCCCACCUCUGGCAUCCGCACCUGCAAGAAGGAAAAUGGCAGAAUCAUCUGGACCCACCUUGACAUGACAUGCACCAAUGACAGCAAUAAGUGGCCACCAUCCACCUCAGUAGAGCUAGUUUCAACUCAUCCAUCCUUGUCCUCACCUGUGAUGCUGCCAGUGAAAGCACUCCUUUUUGUUCUGUUUAUCAUCCCUGCUGUCUUCCUGUGA